GAAGUGAAACGCAAUAUGAGUCAUGAACGACGCUUUGAAAUACGCGCCGCAAUUAAAAAGGAACAGGUCUCGCUUGUGUAAGACUCUUUCCUUUAUUGUGAUUUUGGAUUUUGGGAUGAUUUGUAUUGAAUGAAUUUAAAAUGGAAGCUAUAAAAAUCUUAGUAAGUGGUGAUGUGGAGGGCAACUUUGAUCAGUUAUUCAAAAGAGUGGAAAAAGUAAAUAAGAAAGCUGGUCCAUUUGAGGCUCUUUUUUGUGUUGGUUCCUUUUUCAGCAGUUCUGAGAAAUCUAAAACUGAAUGGUUAAAAUAUGAAAACAAACAAGCCAAAGCUCCCUUGCCAACUUAUGUGCUUGGUGCUAAUAAACCAGAGGUCACAGGAAUGUUCUCAAAGUCUUGCAAUGGGUAUGAAAUGGCAGAGAAUAUAACAUAUCUAGGUCGAAAGGGUGUAAUGAACAUGAUGUCUGGUCUGCAGGUAGCCUACCUCAGUGGCAUUGAACAGGAGAGUAGUGGGCCAAGUGAAGCACACAGCUUUGCAGAGCAAGAUAUCAAUGAGCUAGCUAUGCCCUUGGUUUCAAAUUCAUCCUUCAAAGGAGUCGAUAUUUUGAUAACAUCACAGUGGCCUCGAAAUGUUGAAAAACACGCAGUUAAACCGGAAGGACCAGGAUCCGAUAAAUCUGGGUCAAGAAAACUUGCAGCACUCACUUUGUCACUGCAACCAAGGUAUCACUUUGCAGGCCUAGAGGAUGUCUACUAUGAAAGGGCACCUUACAGAAAUCACCAAGUUCUAAAAGAUAAACAACGUCAUGUAACAAGAUUUAUCAGCUUAGCCAGUGUUGCAAACAUAGCGAAGAAAAAGUAUUUAUAUGCUUUCAACAUAGUUCCAAUGAGCAAACUCACACAUGCAGAGCUUGUAGUUCAACCACCAGACGUGACGGAAUGCCCGUUCCAAAAUAUUUCUACAGAAAGACGGAAAGAGCCACAGGAGGCAGAUAUGUCAAAUCAGUACUUUUUUUCAACGGAUCAACCUCAGGCAAGCCAAAAGCGACAGAGAGAUCAUCAAGGUGGAUCAGGGUCAAGAAAGCCUAGGAAACAUCCAAAACCCAGUGGUCCUUGUUGGUUCUGUCUCGGAAGCCCAGAAGUCGAGAAACAUUUAGUAGUGAGUGUUGGAAUAACAACAUAUCUUGCUCUUGCAAAAGGGGGCCUUGUUCCUGAUCAUGUGAUGAUCUUACCUAUAGGUCAUUUCCAGUCACAAGUUGACCUUCCACAGGAUGUGUCCGAUGAGAUAAGCAAGUAUAAGAAAGCUUUAUCCAAGUACUUCAGAUCAAGGAAUAAAUCAUAUGUAAUAUUUGAAAGGAACUUUAAGUCACAACAUCUACAGUUACAGGUGGUACCAAUUGAAAAUCAAGAUGACAUAGACAUCAAGGACAUCAAGGAAGCUCUGUUAGAAUACAGCAUGAAACAGGAUAUAGAAGUAAAUGAAAUCCCUGUACACAGUGAUCUGAAACAGAUAGUCUCAUUGGGUGCUCCAUAUUUCUAUGUUGAACUAGAUGGUGGAGAGAAACUUCUUCAUCGUAUUAAAAAGUUCUUUCCAUUGCAGUUUGGAAGAGAGGCUCUUGCAUGCCCUGCCCUACUCAACAUGCCAGACAGGGCAAACUGGAAAUCAUGCUCCAUAUCUAAGGAAGAAGAGUCAGAACAUGCAGCCUUAUUUAGGAAACAAUUUAAAGAAUAUGAUUUUAAUUUGUAGAUCAUUAACCCAGUAAGUUUUAUAGCAUCACAAAUAAAAUAAAUCUGUAUUUUAUUUAUUAUAAAUUGUAAAUAAUAACGUAUCCUGGUCUAAUGACAACAAAACUUCAGUUCCAAUCUCUGUACUGAAUAUACCCACAGAAUCUAGAGUUCUUUAAAGGAACCCGGCUGUUUUAAUCCUUUAUAUAGAUAUUCUGUCUGUGUUCAACUAUUGAACUUUUGUUAAUUUUUUUAAUAAAAAAAAAUGUUUGAAUUGCUCA